UCUCAGCGGUCACUUCACGAUACCUGCCUACCUGCUCCCUGCGCCACUCAAGCAGCUUUUUCCUCCCUUUCCAUUCCCCUUUCUCUUCUCCCAACGCGACUGCUGGUCCGGCUCUUGUCCCGCUGGACUUCGUUUGUCCUUGCGACAGCCGCUCUUUCGCUCUCCAUGCCAUUGCGCUUCUUGGUUAAGCCUUCGCCUGCUCUUCUUUUUGUUGUUGGAUUCAGCUGUUAGGGACCACCCACCGCGCCUCAGCGGAACCAUCGCUCGCAUGUCGGUCCUACCUACCUUCUCCCAGCCAGCCCGGCGCCUCCUCAUCAUUCUCCCUGUUGUUUUCGUUACACUUCUCCUCCUCACCGGCCUCUUCAAUCAUGAGUCCUUUCGCUCGACCUUGCCAACGGUGGUCAUGCCAAAGGUAGUCAUCACCACCAACCCCUCCUCCUGCGCUGCCAACCAAACCAGUGGCCCACUCGACAACCUCUCGUCCAUCAUCCAGGCACUCUACGCGCCCCUUGUCGUUCCCAUCACUAGCCCCACAUUUACCACGCGCGAUGGCACCGUCAAACGCCUGCCUCCAGCUUCAGAGCUGAUCCACCACAAAUCCCUCGGCAAGCGUAUCUGCAUUCUCGAUGUCGACACGCGCCCCCACACCGGUGCUGGCGGCGUCUUUUCCUCGUCUUUGCCGACCUGGGACGCCCUCAGCCCAGCUUCUGCCGGGUUUCUCUCUCACUACCUCUACGCCUUGAUUCACGGCUAUACCUACAAGUUUGUGCAGGCGCCUACAUACCAGGACCGAGCCCCGCACUGGACCAAGGUGAUCUUCACGCAGGAGCUGCUGAAGAAAUAUGACAUAGUGGUGAUGAUGGAUUACGACGCCAUCUUUCCCAGCCCCGAGCUGCCGCUGGAGUGGAUGCUCAACUACUGGAAGAUCGACGACAAGGUCAUGGUGGCUAUGGCGGAGGAUCCGAAUGCCGAGGUCAACCGCGACCAGAGGGGGAACCUGAACGUCAACACGGGCUUCAUCAUUGCGCAAGCCUCGGAAAACACGCAGAGGAUGUUCAAGGACUGGGCCGAAUGUCCCAGUGAGACGAGAUACAAGGGCUGUGCCGAGUGGAAGGGCGUCUAUUUCCACGAACAGUCGGGUUUCAGCUCCCACGUGCGGUACGACUUCUUGGACGGGUUGACCAUUGCGGAGGAACCGGGCAAGAGCAUGAUAAGAGCGCUGCCAUGCAAUGAGGCAAACGGGAUUCCCGAGAAGAAGAAUCUGGGUUGCACGGGACAGCUCGUCAGGCAUCAUUGGGGCGGUAAGGAGCUGGCGAAGAGGGAAUUUAAUGACAAUAUUAUGAAUGCGAUGCUGCCGCUCUUGAUACAGUCGGCGUUCAAGGGAGGCGAUGCGACGAGUGCAGUGGCGGAUUACAGGAACAAGACCUUGGUGGGAGAUCAGAUUCUGGAUAAGCCUCUCUGAGGCAGCAACUUGAGGGAGAAAAG